UGGAGUUCUGUCAUUUUCAGUUAGUUUUUGUCGAUUUUUUGAUAUUGUUGUUAGUGAGUUUGUGAUUGUGUUUGUGUGUUUUCAGGCCUAUUAAGAUGAGGAUGAUUCUGAUGGUUUGCUUUAUAGUGAAUGCAGUGACAGGACAAUUCAAGACAGUUGCGACGGAAAAUGAAGUUAGGGCAUACAUGGGUGAUUCCGUGGCCUUACCCUGCAGGGUGGACACGAAACAGUGCGGUCAGCUCCACAGCGUGAAGUGGUACAAGGACGCCAACCGAGUGUACGUCCUGAGCCACGCCGGCCAGGGUCGGGCGGAAGGAGACGCUACGGAAAGGUCGCGGUGCUGAUGUCACCGCCCAAGCGAAGCAGAACUGGUUUCCAUUCCUCAAAAUAAAA